UUACAGUUACCCAGAAGCAGCUGUGCAUGAAACAGACACAGCUCCAUCAGGCCAUCUCCAAGCUCCACCAUGAGCAGCGUAGUCAUCGGCCGCACCUCAACAACCACCCGGGUGAGUGUCUGCUGUGGACUGAUUAAAAGGAGAUCUGAAUUGCAUGAAUCUGAUGCCCAUGUCAAGAGCUGAAACAUAUUCAGAGAUGUGAAAGAGGGAGGAUCUCAGCAGCCAAAGACUUUUUUUAUUUUACAUCUUCUCCUGUAAAACCUUGUUAUUUUUCUCAUUCCCGAGGCUCAGCUGUUUCUGUUCAGUCUCAGUGAGGUAACAAGAUGAUAUAAUCCAUCUUUGUCAUCAUCAGCACGAUGAAAAUAGAGUCUUCAAUUAUUGAGUGGUUGGGGAUUUUCUAGUCUGUGUGCUCCAGUGGGGUAGGAGAGGGGAGAGAGAGUGUGUACUUCCAUGCACGAGGACAGCACAGAGGUUGAUUCUAAUGUUAUUACACAACUGAAUUUAUAACUAAUGCGUUUACGACCUUAAAGCACCAACUUCUGUGUAGUUUUGGCUUCUUAUCAUUUAGACUAGUUAAACAUCAAUUUUUCACUCCUGCACUCAACAUGUUGCACAUGGACAGUCCUGCACACCUGUGUGCCCCAUAACAUCUUUCUUUAAUUCUAGUGUUUUUGUGGUUAGAUGUUAAAGGCUGUGUCAGCAGAGAGGCUCAUUUGCGGAAGUAGCAAAGUAUCAUGCAGAGACUUGGUGUCUCCACCUUUUUUUGUCAGGCGGAGUUCCUAGCAGAUGAAGGCAGUGAAAAUCAAUGCAUAUUGAAUUACAGUAUAAACAAGUGCUUGCAAUAAAACACCUCCAUCUACAGCAGUUUUCAACCUGAUCUGUCUGUUUGGGUUGAUGUCAGUGGUGCAUUUACAGGAAUGUCACUUUGGGGAGAAAAAAAGGCACCAAGCCUACAAGUUUGAGGGGUCCACAAAGAAGAAGCAAAGAAUGGCUGUUGGAGAAGAUGGAGGCCUUUCUUUUUGUGCAAGGCCUCUGAAGGUCAUGCACAUCAAAGACCUUAAACUUUGUUUUUGGCAAAGCUGUAAUGAGGACAGCACUAGAUCCCCACUUUGGACACACAUGGUGGUCUGCAUGACUGUGGUUGAAUGCUGAAGUAACAGCCACGUAAGUAUGAGCACUAACAAGUGAAGUGAAUGUCUGAGAUGAGCUCUUUGCAGUGGCAUAUGUCAGUGAGUGGGAUACAGCCAGCAAGUCUUUAAAGUUAAGGUGUUGGAAGCAGGAAAAUGGGUGAAUGUGAUAAAGAUUAAACUUUAAUGGGGAGAUGACGGUCAGAGCCUCUCCAGCUGCAGCUCCUCCUGUGUGGUUUUCCUUGUUUAAAGGGUGUCAGUACCUAUUCAAAGUAGGAGAGGAUCAUUGGAGACCAAGGCUUGCUAAUACAGGUGGAGAGCAGAGGCUGGCCUAUGUGGUUAAAUCCAACAGAGGAACUGCUGGAGUUCAAUGAACACAUGAGCGUCAGAUUUGAACCAGGAUAUUGGAAGAGGUUGGCCUGGAGGAUCAUGGCGGCAUUGGUUGGUCUGAAAAUCCCUCUGAUCUUAAACCAAUUGUAGAUAUGUCUGAUCCAUGGUGGCCCCUCACAAGAUCCUUUAAGUCAAGGGAUCUGCUGCUAAUAUCUUGACUGCAGAUAAUGGCGUCCAUGUCUCAUCAGGUCAGGGCUGUAUUAGAGAGUGACGUCUACUGAUGCUCACAGUAUUUUGGCCGACUUGUGUUUAUUGUUACAACAGCUAUCCAUGUCACUACAGUGCAAGAAGAGGCCACCGUGUCCACCUCAGACACUCUCAUAGUCAACUCAUGUUGGUUUAGAGCAGCAAACAAACUGGACGAUAAAUCAUACAAAGUUUCUGCAAUUUAAAGUACAAUUUGAAAAUCAAUAGAUAAUAAGCAGUCUGGUUAACAAACUGAGAGAACCAACAGAAUGAUUAGCCUUAAAAUAACUUACAAACUGUUCAAAGGUUUAAAACUUCAGGAGCAUUUAGUGUCCAGAAAAUUUCAGAGCAAUUGACUAUCUUUUCGUCCAGUCAUGCUCAGAGACUGAGUUUUGACCUGCAUUUAUAGCUCUCAGAUGAAGUGAACUUCACAGUUCUCCUCUCCUCAUGCUUACUCUGCUAAAGCUUGAGGACGUGUGGUUUUGCAGUGGGAUACUCAAAAGGAAGAUGCUCAGAGUCCUGUCCAUUUAGUUUUGUCCAAUCAGCAGUUGGUCUGAGUUACUGUUUGCCAGAUUCGGGCUCUGCAGGAGGUACACCAGAUUUCUGACAGACUUUAGAGCAUGCUCUUGAAAGCAGUGAGAAGAAAUCUGCACGGAAAAUGAGUUAAGUUUGAUACUUACUCAACCACGACAUUCAGACAAUCUGGCAUUCACUACAGAGAGGAACACCUUUUUCCCCCUCUUGUUUCAAACAUGUUCAACCCUGCUCUUUCUGUUCUUUUUUCAAAAUGGAAACAUAUGGGAUUUGUUCACUUUUGCAUUUACCCUAGUGGAAAUAGGAAUAACUGCAAUUGGCUCCCUUUUUUGUAACACUGUAGUUUGCUGCUUGUUCUCAUGUCCAGUGCACCGAAAAAGGUUGGAAAAUAAGUUUGAAUCUUUUGAAGCAAAAGUAGAUCAAUAGACAUCUGUAGUAAGAUGCUGCAGAUGUUUUAUCAGUCUGUGGUGUCUACAGUGUUCUGUUCUACGCUGCAGUCUGCUGGGGAGGAGGCAUCAAACACAAAGAUGCAAGUUGUCUGAACAAACUGGUGAAAAAGGCUGGCUCUGUGGUUGGACUCAAGCUGGACUCAGUGGAGGAGGUGGUGGAGAGAUCUACACUGAGGAAGGUGGAGACUAUUCUAAAGAACAUGGAUCACCCACUUCACAACACCUUGAUGGACCAAAGGGCCAAUGGUGGUGGACGGAUCCUCUCUCUUCACUGCAGGACAGAAAGAUUCAGAAGAUCUUUUGUACCAACAACCAUCAGACUUAAUAGUAGAUGACUGUUACGGACAUAUUAUGUGAGACAACAGACAAUUGAAUUUCCCUUUAGGGAUCAAUAAAGUUCUUAUUAUUAUUAUUUCUAGAAAAAACUCCAAGGCACUUUCUGAAUAAUAUUAAAAUGCCUUUAUUUUAAUGGCAUGGUCAUGUAGACCUUAAAAGCAAACUUCGGUACGUUUUGGCACCAAGCCUUCAUCAGGAAGUAAGAUUUUACUUCCUGAUAAAAGCCGAAACGUGUCAAAGUUUGCUUUUAUUAUAUAGUUUGCCUAUUUUAAUAUUAUUCAGAGAGUGCCUUAGAGUUUUUUCUCUUUUAUGACUUUGUGAAUCCCAUUCCAAAGAACACCUCAGACAAACUCUUUGUUGAGUCCAGUUAGCACUCCUUUCCGUCUGUCCUUUGAGUUUGAAUCCUGUUUGGGAUAAGUUUGAAAACCUGAUAAAUUCAGCCUUAGUUCAGCAGUGCCGCGCAGUUUAAAUCCAGUCUGCAUUUAUCACCAGGAUUCAGAAACAUGUUUAUGCUUCCAGUGGUUUUAAGGACAAACUUUGCAGUACAGAAAAUAAAAAAAUCCACUUUGUUUUGGAAAAAUGAAGCUUUUCAUCAGGAUUUUUCCAGACAGAAGAGUCUUGUUCACAGCACAUGUGAAUGAGAGUGUAUUCAGAUUUUCCAUGAUGCCUAAGAGAGCUCCAUGUCGAUGCAACUUUUCUAAAUUUUUAAACAAUGAAACUAAAGUGAGUGAAGAGCAAAAUGAAAUAUAAAUGCAGGGUGUUCUCUGCUCCUCUCGUAAUCAUAUUUAAGCAGUCCCCAAACAAUACCAGGACAUUUACAGAGCCUGAUGACGUACCUACUGAACACCAGCAGUAACCAGCAGGACAAAUUCAAUGAGGCACCCAGUUAGAGAACGAGACAACCACACAGCAUGUCUUCACUUUUGAAUGAACAACAGUGAGGAGCGGUGUAUGAUUGACUUCCUUUUUCGUUUUGAACACUUUUAAGGCUGCGUUGGUUACUUAAGCUCUUGCACUCUCUCUCUUUUUUUUCCUGAUACUUUCUCACAAAAACUGCAGAAUCUUUUAUUUAUUUUGGACUGUCAAACCAUCUUGUCUUUCAGUUCAACCCUGAGCCAAUACUGCUUUGCCCCCCCUACGUGAAUUUUCCUCAUGCAUGCCACAAACCCACAGAUGUCUGCCCAGGCACCUAGUAUGUGAGUACAGCCCCUGCACCAUUUGAAACAGCUGUGCACGAUUGCAUGUUCACUUUUUAAUCUCCACAGCCCAAAAAAUAAAACACAUCACUACUACUUCACUAACCCGUUUAUUAUUUAGUGUCUGUACUCUAAAUAAUGCAGACAGUAGAGACAGCAGAGACAUUAUAGCUUACAAACCCAUCAUUAAAAAAGCCUUGAUGAUUGACCAGCAGAGCAGCAGAGGAAUUCGUCACCACGGGUCUUUGUUGUGACCAGAUUUUACUUUCUUAUUGACCUCCAGAUGCCCAAACCCGGGGGCAGCGGAGGAGCACCACCUGGGAGUCGAGAGAGCAGCGGGAUAUGUCGAAGCAGCAGCAUCAGCAGCGGUUCAGGUGGAAAGAUCAUGUCCCUGUCGUCUAUGAGCGAGAGUGUGAACAGCGGCCUGAGCUGCUUCCUGUCAGAACAAGCUCUGGAGCAGGAAGAACGUCAACAACGCAGCAGCCAUUUAGCAGAGUAUCAGCGCCUCAGAGAGGUCAGAGCAGCCGCUCAGCUCAAAAACCUGGAGGAUUUCCUCAGGAUGAACCAUGUUUCACUCAGGGACACCAUGUCUUACUCCACAGGCAUGAGCUACAGGUAGUAUGAUCACAUCUCACACAUGCAAACACAUUUUCAUGUAGUCAGGUGGUGCAAAAUCAACCCUUUAGAAGAGGAAAUUUGUGCUCUAGAUGUUCGUAACAUUCACUGAUUAUGCACAAUAGUAAAACUUGGUUAUACAGAUUUUAUCACGUUUUGUGUCUAUUAUCACAACAAAUCAUAGAAAAGCUCUUAUUCUGAUAAUUGAUAAAUCUGUUUCCAGUGUUAAACCUUGAGCAGUGCUGGAAGCAUCUUUAGUUAUUCAUUUACUUGUCUAACAUAGUUUAUAGAUGCCCUGUAUGUAUGUAUCUGGUAAGACAACUGAAACCUAAUUGACCCUUUGCACAAAUUCAGUCGUCCGAAUCUGAAUCCAAAGUGGAACAGAGUUUUGUUAAAGGCACUUUGAGGAGUUUUAAACUGGCUGAUAAACUAGUAUUUAUACCUUAUGCUUCUAUACGACCUUCAAAAGCAAACAAGACUAUCGGCAAUCAGACAGAUAGAUUCCCUGCUGUAAUGUAAAAUACCUGAAAUCACUGUGACAGGAGGGUUUUAGACCAGAAGAUUGGCUGCAGCCUGAAGAAAAAGCAUUUUUUUACUCUCAGUGUGUGCCUGAAAGACUAUAAGACACUACUUGCACUUUCAUUGGACAAGGGAUAAUAAGAGGUAUCAUUUUGUCCGCAUGGGGUGCCAAAACAGGAACAAAUAAAUGUUACUAACAGCAGCUUUAAGGACCUGGUUUUGGAUUUUUCAAAAAUCCCCCAAAAUAAAAAUAUGUGAACCUGCCAGUUUUUCUAUUUUUGAGUGUAAGGACUUUUAAUCCCAUUGAGACUCAUCUUCUCAUAUAAAGAUCAAAUUAAAUUAAAAAAUAAAAUUCUUAUUUGAUCAAGUGAUUCAAAUGCUUGUUUUUCCUUUUUUUUUUUUUUUUUUUUUUUGUUGACAGAAAUUUGGGCAAAUCCGGUCUGAGGGUGUCCUGUCUGGGAUUGGGUGAGUUUGGCAUAUUAUCAGAACAUCAAUGAAACCAAAAAUAUCAAGGGAAGGAUAAAGAAACGACUAAAUCAAAUUAGCACUGUGCAAACUCAAGUCAACUUUCACAAGCACACCGCACACAUACUUUUUCUCACAAAAAUACUUUCUUGUUCUUCUUCAAUCAGCAUCUCUGACCACAGAGGUUUCAGUCAGCUGUGGGAGAAAUCUUUGUGAAGCAAAAUCACUGAAAAAUAAACCUUUCUUAAAAAUCUUUAUUUCACCAAACAUGAGGAUCUGGAGGCAAAAAUACUCGACCCAUUAAACUGUCAGGCUGCAUCACUUUAUUUCUCUAAAAGCCCCUCAGUGCAGUCCACUGUCAGCAGGAGAUCCCAUCUGAAAACACUUAAAACAAUGAUACAGCGAUGAUGAAAAUUUAACUGCAGAUAAAACAGAGGACAUCUAAAAAGGAGGUAUUUGAGUACACCUUAAAAAUUUACUGAACCUCAACUAAAGGUCUCCAUUAACUAAGAGCACCUGGCGUGAACUAAAGACAUAAAUAAACAGAUAAGUUUUAAUAUUUCUAAAUCAUCUGAUAUCACAAAAGAUGUGCAAAUUAUUAUAUUGACAUUAAUUUGUCUUGGUAUAAGUCCCAGAUUAAGUCUGUAAGUAAGGCUGUUUUGUUUUUAUUUUCAGGUACAUGGGUCACUUUUGGAGGUCAGAUAUCUGAAGAGGUAAGAGAGAACAUCUGAACACUUUUAUUAUCUCAUUUCAAGUAAAAAAAAAAUUAAAAAAAUUAUUCAAUAUCUACUCGUCAUGAUAUGAGAUGAGAAAUUUAUUCAGAGGACACCACCAAAACUUUUUUGUCUGAAAGUUGGAAAUAGAAAUAAGAAGCAGCAGCUUUCAGUUUUAGCACUUCAGUUCUUGUUCUUUUGUUUUAAGGUGGCAGAGGAGCUUGUGACUUUGGCGUAUGAGAGCGGGAUCAAUCUGUUCGACACGGCUGAAGUCUACACCGCUGGAAGGUGAGAAACAUAUUACUUUAAAGCUAAAGACCAAGACUGAACACACUUUUCAUUUAUGUCCCACAUAAAAAUGCUCUGUCUCUGCGAUUUACACAUUUUCACUUCAUGUCCGGUGUGUCACAGUUUUAACUUGAGUCCCUCUCUCUCUCGAUGGGAUUGUUGUUGAUACUAAGAGUAAAGGAAAAAAGGCCUUGACUCCAACAUGAUAUUAUUGUUUUACUGCUGGUACUUAUGCUCUCAACCUGAGACUGUAAAAACUGAUGAAAUGUAUAAAACUUCAUCACUAUUUCAAACUAGUUCUCUUUCUGUCUCUUUCUCCAGGGCUGAAAUUGUCUUGGGACGCAUCAUAAAGAAGAAAGGAUGGAGGUAAAGUUUUCCUGAGAUGUUGUCUUUGGUCCUUUGUGUCUCCUUCACUGUUGAAGUGUUAAACUGUGGUGUUUGCACCAUCAUCUGCUUGUUAGUGAUCUUCUCUUCACUCCUAAUGCUCAUGCUUCCCCCUGCUGUAAAUCCUCCCUACUAUGACAAUGUAAAUAAAGGCUGCUUAUAGUUAAAGUUUUGCAUAUAAAAUAACCUGUUUGCCAUCAUUUACAAUGUUUUAUAUAUUUUAUUCAAUAGGAAAAACACAGCUCAGGAGCUGAUGUAAUAUUCAUGUUGUGUUGCUUUUGUUCCUGGAGAAGAGAAAAGUGUUUUUAUAAAAGGAAAACAAAGGAGAAGAGAUUUUGAUCAGAUAAUAAUCUGUACAGAGGAAAUAUUAAAGAAACAUUUGAAAUGGAAAUGAGGGACUUUCAGACAAUCACAAAUGAGCAGUUUAGAGUUUAAGCACAAUGUCAGUAAAUGUGUUAAAAACGACACUGCAGACUUAAAGGGUAGAAAGAGAGAGAGGUGCUCUUUUUACAUGAAGCAGGAGACACCAGUGCAGGUGAACACAGAGUGAAAGGAUGUGAUUUUAAUUCCUUCACUCCUGUGGAUCAUCGUGGGGGGGCCUGUGUUAAGUUUUUGUUCAUCAUUUCAGUCUUGAUUUUUUUUUUCCUUUUUACUUUAAUGUAAAAUAUUGUGAAGAUAGCAUGUAAUCUGACUGCAAACAGAAAUAAAUAUGCGGCAUUGAGUAUCCCGCCAAACCUUUGAGAGAGACUCAGAUGUGGUGGAUAAAUCACACUAUUUUCUGCUGUUGGAUUGUUUGCAGCUCUCACUUUUGGCCCUUACCCUGAUGAAGACCUUCAUGACCAAAGCGGCUUUUUAUUGAUUUAUUGAUCUUCCUCAGUAUCUCUGACUUUUAAUGAAAAAAAUAAAUAAUGCCAAAGUCUGAUUUAUAUAUAUUUUUCUCCUACAUGCAGACGUUCCAGUUUGGUCAUCACAACCAAAAUCUUCUGGGGUGGAAAGUCAGUAUUUGUGAUCUUUCUAUCUCUGCCUGUUUCUCACAUACUAUUAUUGUACAGAGUAAAAAUCUUUCUGGGUUAUUCAGAGGGCACAGUAUUAAAGAUAUGUACCAAAUUUGAGAUGAACUUUGACCUCAUAAAUACAUUUUUUUUGUUGUUUUUCAGAGCAGAAAUGGAAAGAGGAUUGUCUAGAAAACACAUAAUUGAAGGUAAUUUUGUCGUGGCACUGUUUAAAAAAACUGCAUUUUGUUGUGUUAUCAUACAUUUCUAUGAAUCAUGUUUAUAAUUUAAAUAUAUAUUUUUUACAACAUAGGUCUACGAGCAUCUCUAGAAAGACUUCAGCUGGAUUAUAUAGACGUGGUUUUUGCAAAUCGACCAGAUCCAAGCACACCGAUAGAAGGUGGGAGUUUGUUUUUAACAUCAGAUCACACUCUUACUUAAAAACCUUAAAACCAGAAUUUCCUAUCAUUGUUUGGUUGUCCUCAUCUUAUUAGAGCUUUCUCUUUCCCCUUUUUUGACACUGUUCAGUCUAAAACUCCUGACCUGAAGCUGAUUUUGUUGUUGUUGUUGUUGUUAGAGACGGUGAGGGCCAUGACCCAUGUGAUCAAUCAGGGGAUGGCCAUGUACUGGGGGACAUCUCGAUGGACCUCCAUGGAGAUAAUGGUGAGCUCAUGCAUACAUCUCAAAUCAGUCUGCAGAUGUUUCUUUUUGCCAAGAUCCAAAAAAGUACAAGAAAUCUAGACAAAUAUAUUUAGGUUAUAAUGGUCUAUUGGUGGCCAAGUUUCCAUCAGUUUGUGUGCAUCCUUGUUCACCACAUUUAGCUCUGUUUAAGGAUUUCCUUCUUGAAACAGUUAAUGUAUGCACAUUGGAUUCUGCAGGUUUUUAUUUGGAUUGUGUCAGAAAAAUUAGGACGUGCAAAAACUUUGAUAGGGCUCAACUGUUCAGUAACUCUUCCUAAUGUUUGCUGCAGGAGGCCUACUCAGUGGCGCGACAGUUUAACCAGAUCCCGCCCAUCUGCGAACAGGCCGAGUAUCACAUGUUUCAGAGGGAGAAGGUGGAAAUCCAGCUCCCUGAUCUCUUUCAUAAGAUAGGUAAGCAACUGUGUGAGUCUCAGUGAAAAAAUCCAUGUGAUUUAUAUUCACACAUGCUCUCUACUUAUUAAAACUUCCUAGAAUUUUCAGAGAGAGCGUGUACGUGUGAGCCCUGACUUUACCAGGAAUUUUUACAAGCAGCUCCCACAUUAAACUUCUGAGAAAAGUCAUAUGAGGGAAUGCAGAAAAUCAAAGAAGUAUUCACUCUCACAAAAGUGCUCUGAACUUGUGUACUUUUCUGCUAAUGCACUGAUACUGUGGAUUCGUCCCGUCAUGCAAAGAGCAUCAGUAUAAAAGCCAUAACUGUCAUGCUGCUUUGCUGCCAUCUUUAACAUUACACUGGUGCCACUGUGCACCAUGUAUUACCUCUUUUGCUUCGACCCAUCCAACAUUCACACACUAAAGGACAAGAGUUACAUGGGAAACUUUUUUUAGAUUUCAGCAGCAGGCCAUCCUGAAAUUGGAAAUGUUCAUUGUGCAUCUGCUUUUAAGAGCUUUAGAUACUGGUGAGCAUUUUAAUGGCCUUGAUUCUUUUGUGAGUCCUCAGAUUCUCUUUUGAAUGACUCUAUAAAUAUAUGAGUUUGGAUCCUCAUAAUGACCUCUCAGUUCUCCACUGUAAUUAAACUUUAAAUUUAAAAAGCUACAGACCAUCAGCUUUUAACCAUUAACAAUGUGCAUAUUUUUGUCCGUUUCUGUGCACGCAGGUAUUGGAGCCAUGACCUGGUCUCCUCUUGCAUGUGGCAUCAUCUCAGGGAAGUAUAACAAUGGGAUCCCUCCUAAUUCACGAGCCUCACUUAAGGUAAUAUUUUUCCACCUCUUAUGGUCCCUCACAUGUCGGGUUUUUUAUCAUUUACCCCGUCAUUCUUUUCCUACAGAUUUAUGAAGUCCUGGCUGUCAGAGAGCUCCUGCUUUAAUGGUCUGAAAUGUUUACUGCUGCAGCUGUCUAGGCUCCGACCUCCUCACUUUCUGCUGGUUAAAUUUAGAUUCAGAAACUGAGAAAUGAUGAGAUAAAAUCUUGAACCACAUAUAAAGGAUCUGUGGUAGGGCUGAAUAUAUGAGUGCAGAAGUGGUGCAUGGCAAUGACAGAGCAGAAACUGAGAAACGAAAACCUGCUGCACUGGUAAUUGAAGGGCACACGUGGAGAAUGAAAUCAGUGCAGCUAGAAUUGCUUGCUUGAACUAGCUUGCAGACAUUGCUUCCUUUUGAGAGCGGGGACACGUAAAAUCUAGUCUCCCAAUCUAAAACUAGUUAUUUGACCCUAAUAUCUGGAUUCCAGUUAUCAUCUGUGAUUGCAAGAGUUGAAUUGUCCUUUGUUGGUAGAAGAAGAGCCAAAAACUUAAAAGACUAAAGAUGAAAAAUGUAUGCAUAGGCGAUAAAAUGUCUUUAAUUUUAGGAUUUACACUUUGUAUUUUGGGGCAAAACUCAAAGUUGUGAAUGUGAGAGACAAAACUCUGAUUUGCGAGUUAAAAUAAGGUAAUCUGUGAGAUUCUUUUAAGAAAUUUACAUGAAGAUGUUUAAAAUUCAUUGAGAUUAAAGUUUCAAAUUCACCUAAAAACUCUUGGUGCAGUAUGUUUUCUUUUCUUUUAAAAUGCUCAUCUUCUCCUUGCAGAGUCUUAAUUUUGUAAAAUUAGUUUUUUAAAUUUGCUUCAAAAAUUUUCAACUCUCAUCUGUAAAACUGAGCCCCUUUUCUUGGAAUAUAACUCCUUUGUUCCAACUUGAUUACGUUCUAAUUUUUUCAUUGUCUCUGGCACCAGGCACCAUUAUGACAAACGCAGCUGAAUGUUAUAUCAAGAUAUGUUUGUGUUUAUCUUGGACGAAUUUAGGCUUAACCACAUUCCUGUCUCGUGUUUGAUUUAUUCCUCUCUUUUUAAUCUGCAGGGUUAUCAGUGGAUGAAGGAUAAGAUCCUGAGUGAGGAGGGUCACCGUCAGCAGGUGAAGCUAAAAGAACUGCAGGCGGUCGCUGAGAGACUUGGUUGCACUCUGCCACAGCUGGCUAUCGGUAAAACACGACCUUCAUUUCAUGCCCUCUUUAUGUCUUUUUCUGCCACCCUUUGCAGGAAUACUUUAUUUCUUUAUUUCAACUUUAUUUCCGUUGUGCCAACCUGUUACUUAAGGAGGUUGUAAAGAUACGUUUAAAUCUUAAAAACGCAUUACCCAGCAUGCAGUGUGUUUGACUUGAAUGAUGGUUUGUUUCUGUGCUGUGGACUUCCUUUAGCUUGGUGUCUGAGGAAUGACACGGUGAACUCCGUCCUGCUGGGAGCUUCAAAGGUUGAACAGCUGCUGGAGAAUAUUAAAGCAAUACAGGUCAGGGAAUGGACCGAACCAAACUGAUCACAAUUCAAUCAUCACUGCCAACAUUAUACACAUCAGUUUACUCUAUAAGCUGCUGUCACAACCGAGUUUCAUUGAUCCUGACUUUAUUUAUAUUAGGUUUAUUGCAUACUGCACAAACAUGUUGAAAUCUGCACCUCAAAUAGAAGCUGGUUUUGUAGAGUGUUUGUAAUAAGGUAAAUAAAUCGAGUCAUUCUGUCUUUCUCUCUUUUCUCCUGCAGGUUCUUCCGAAGUUAACGCUCUCCAUUAUAACUGAGGUGGAUAACCUUUUGGGGAACAAACCCUUCAGUAAAAAGGACUGCAGAGCCUAGGAGCACCUGUGAUGAACCAUCACACCAUCCUCUGUUCUUGAAUAAGAAGCCUGUGAAUGAGAGACAGCAACACACAUGGGCAUUAAAGCAAUGUUUUAAGAGUGCAGCUAAUAUCUAAUAUCAUAUAAUCUGUUUCUGAGAGGCACAGAAGAAACAAAGUAGAUGUUUCAGCCCUCCAGUCCACUCUCUUGAUCACAUCUACACCUGAUACCACAGUAUAUCCUAACCUCUCAAUUUGCAGUGUACUUGAUCUGUAAGUCCAAACAUCCCACAAAUAAAAUAAGGAUAAAUAGUUAAUUAAAAAAAAACAUUUUUCUGAGCUGAGAUACUAAAGCACCAAAGAAACUAGCUAAAUCCUCAGACUGACCUAUACUUCUCUGCCACAUAUUAAAGCUACAAGAACCUCACUUUGAGCCGACAUGCUCCUCCCAAAGAGGGAAACUGAAACUGGCCAUGCACCAAACCACUGUGCACACGCUGUGGUGCAUUAUUAUCUCGUAGUUGCACUGAACAGUAAUAAAUUUUGUUUAUCAUCCGAAACCACAACAAGGAUGACAUCCUAUAGGCUAAAAAGACAUCAGUGAUUACCAAAACUCUGAUGACCAUUUUUUGUUGUUGUUAAGAUCAGUGUUAACUUUGUAACUUAUCUGCAGGAGUGUGCUGCAGCUACAAAUCCUCACCAUCUCUGUGCAUCUAUCCCAUUUUUGAUGUUUUUUUUCCGAAACACACCACUGACAAACACACAACCAGGUACUGUGAUGAUGCAGCUGCUGCUGACUUUAACAGCUCUCUGUCAAAACCCUGAUUUAUCCUAGUUUGGUAAUAUGCUAAAGACAAUGUUAAAUUAGACAUUUCCAUCCUGCAGCUCAUAAUUGAGUCAGAAUCAACCUCAAAUCCAGCCAAAAACACGGCAGAAGCUGUUCAAAUGUGCUGUUUUUCUUCAGAUCAACUAAAAUGAUCCUGAUUUGAGUUUCUGAUAAGACCCGUGUCUACAUGCAUCUAAAUAAAACCAAGUCUAAUGUGCCAAAAAUAGCAGAAAUAUCCCCUCUGGUCUGCUCAUGUUGUCAAUAAACACAGCUGUACAGUUACUACACACUUCUUACAUAAUGCUCCACAGCACGUCCCUGCAUCAGAAAUAACACACUUCCUCUCUAGUGUUUAGGACUUUCUUUUAUUUUAGUCAACCCCUCCUCUCAACUGGAGCAACUAUCUCUCUGAACGAGGUGUUAACAUGAGGCGUUUUUAUCCUGAUCAGGCUGUUGUCCAAAUUUUAGACGUCCGCAUUAACACGUUAGCGUGUGAGGAGCAAAAACUGGUCCACUCGGAAGCAUUGCACCCAAACUAUAAAAAAAACAAAUGGGUGUAAAACUCUGCCCGCACACUUCCUGCUACAUUUCUAACUUUUGACUCAAUAAUCUGGUUUCACUCACAGCUGCUUAAAGUGCAAAAAAAGCCUAACAAAAUAGAAAAGCAACACAGCCAAGUCAGUUGGUGUGAAUGCAGAGAAACAAACACUUCAGCUCACAGCUGUAAAGACGAUGCAAAUUAAACGCACAAUUUUCGACUAAAGUUUGUCUUCGUAUAUCAAACCAGGAUUCUUCUCUGUUUGCAGGUUGUUGCCUCUGCAAGUUGCACACAUGCAUGUUACAUGUGUGUGCAAUUUUACACAAAAUGCACCAGAAUUAAUGAGCACAAAAUACCAUGACUGCAUUAGCCUUUCUGUUUUAAAGUUGCAGGUAUGCUUAAACAGUGGAAGAGUUAGCUAAAAUCAAUGUUCCCAUAAAACAACCUGGAUACAACUCAGAUCAUUUCACCUGCUUCAUCACAGUGACAUUUACUCUGUUGUUUUAGGCCAGA